AUGACCCAGAAAACUGACUCACUCUGCGACCCGCAGAGUGAUUAUGCGGCAACAGAAUGGGCCACAGAAAAGCUUAUUUCUGCUAAAUAUUUUCUUUCAACUCCCCAGCGCACUGUUCAAUUCGGCAUCAUGGAAUCCGGGGUUUUAGGAAAAACUUUACGGGGUCUUACAAAGAGAAUGUCGAAAAUCCGUGUUCGUACAUCCACUGGGGCAACUCCCUAUCUACUGGUUUACAAUACUGAAGUAGUUAUUCCCGCCGAAGUAGAGAUCCCUUCCUUAAGAAUUAUACAGGAAGCCGAGCUCAGCGACGCAGAAUGGGUUAGAGAUCCAAGAAGGGCAGCUAGAGUAUGGCUUGGAACUUUUAAUACAGCAGAGGAUGCAGCUCGAGCUUAUGAUAAAGCUGCUAUUGAAUUUAGAGGUCCUAGAGCUAAGCUUAAUUUCUCAUUUGCUGAUUACACAUCAAUUCAAUAG